ACUUUAUUUGGCCAAGGAGUCCCUUUCACCUGUCGGCUGGCAUUGCAAUGUACAUCUCUGCAUCUGUUUCUCUUAUUUUCCCUGGGGCUCUGAUCAUCACAAUUUACUAAAGUUCCAGUCUUUACCAGGUUCUUGUUUAUAUACCGUUUUGUUUUUGUUGCCUUUUCUAUUUGAUUUUUCUUCUCAAAAGCCAUCAGCUACAACAACUCUGAUCUACUUUGGCUGCGGUCUUCCCAAGCUGGUACCUUUUAUCUCUCGGUUCUAUUAUUUCAAAAUUCCCAUCUGGAUUUCAUUUUCUUAGUUCCUUUUUCUUCUUUCCCCCCCUUUUUUCUCAAUAUCAUCCUGAAUUUCUGAAUUCUGAUCCAGAAUCAAAAAGCUGCUUUCUUCCUCUGAAGACUGUCUUCUUAUCUGGGUAUUUCGUCUCUCUUCUAAUUUUUCUAUUUACCAUUAAAAUCUGGAACCAAUUUUCCUGUUCUUAAAAAUUUAGCAUCACACUGCUGUUUCCUGAUCUGGGUAUCAUCUGAAUCUGCUUCUGUCUAGCUGGAAAUUAGGCUAUUAUAAGAUAUGGGUUACUGUUUGAGCAAAGAGAAAAAUACUCAGCGGCCACGCCUCUACAAUGGUACUGCCGGUCAUAAAAAACCCCAAGAACCAAUUGUCUACCAAUCCAAAUCCCCAGCCAAGCCAGCGUACCAAUUGCCCUCCCAGCCACCUGCACAAAUCCCAAGAAAACCUGCUGCUCCUGCACCAAGCCCAAAACCAGUCCACAGACCAGACACAAUUCUUGAAAAACCAUACGAGGAUGUCAAGUUGUAUUAUACACUUGGGAAAGAACUGGGUAGGGGUCAAUUUGGUGUAACUUAUCUUUGUACUGAGAUUUCAACUGGUAAGCAAUAUGCUUGCAAGUCAAUAUCCAAGAGGAAACUUGUUACCAAGAAUGAUAAGGAGGAUAUGAAGAGGGAGAUUCAAAUAAUGCAGCAUUUGAGUGGACAGCCUAAUAUUGUUGAGUUUAAAGGUGCAUAUGAGGAUAAGCAAUCUGUGCAUCUUGUAAUGGAGUUGUGCGCAGGAGGUGAGUUGUUUGAUAGGAUUAUUGCCAAGGGGCAUUAUAGUGAGAAGGAAGCUGCUACUAUAUGCAGGGCCAUUGUCAACGUUGUGCACGCCUGUCAUUUUAUGGGUGUGAUGCAUAGGGAUCUGAAGCCUGAGAAUUUCUUGCUGUCUAGUAAGGGCAACAAUGCCCUUCUAAAGGCAACGGAUUUUGGACUUUCAGUUUUCAUCCAAGAAGGAAAGGUAUAUCGAGACAUAGUCGGAAGUGCAUAUUAUGUUGCUCCUGAAGUAUUACGACGCAGAUAUGGCAAGGAAAUAGAUAUUUGGAGUGCAGGAGUCAUACUGUAUAUCUUGCUUAGUGGUGUACCUCCAUUUUGGGCAGAAACAGAGAAGGGCAUAUUUGAUGCCAUUUUACAAGGAGAUAUAGAUUUUGACAGUCAACCAUGGCCAUCAAUAUCAAGCAGUGCCAAGGACCUUGUCCGCAGGAUGCUGACACAGGACCCAAAAAAAAGAAUUACUUCUGCUCAAGUUCUUGAGCAUCCAUGGCUCAAGGAAGGUGGAGAAGCCUCAGACAAGCCAAUUGAUAGUGCAGUCCUUUCAAGGAUGAAGCAAUUUAGAGCAAUGAACAAGCUGAAGAAAAUGGCACUUAAGGUCAUUGCGGAAGAUCUCUCUACUGAUGAGAUUCAAGGACUCAAGUCAAUGUUUGCAAACAUUGACACUGACAAUAGUGGCACCAUCACCUAUGAUGAACUAAAGGCAGGAUUGGCUCGACUUGGAUCAAAACUUACAGAAGCUGAAGUCAAGCAGCUUAUGGAGGCUGCUGAUGUUGAUGGUAAUGGGACAAUAGACUAUAUUGAAUUUAUCACUGCAACAAUGCAUAGGCACAGGUUGGAAAGAGAUGAACAUCUUUACAAAGCCUUUCAGUAUUUUGACAAGGACAAUAGUGGGUUUAUAACAACAGAUGAACUAGAAACAGCUAUGAAAGACUUUGGAAUGGGUGAUGAUGCAACGAUAAAAGAGAUAAUAUCUGAAGUUGACACAGAUAAUGAUGGUAGGAUCAAUUAUGAGGAGUUUUGUACAAUGAUGAGAACUGGAAACCAGCACCAGGGCAAGCUCUUCUAGAUGUACAGGAUUUGUAGCCAUUUCUGAGCUACAAAGACACAUGAAUGGCAAUUGAAAGCGGAUGUAGAGAAUCUUUAAGUCACUUCAGUAGGUUUUGGUUUUCGGGCUCCUAGAAUACUUCCCUUUAAUGUUUUUUGUUGGGACGUAAGAAUUGUGCAUAUGGUGUUUUAACCUUUUUCUAUACGAGUGUUGAUUGGCAAUUUGAGAAGGAAGUUCUAGCUUCUCUGCCAAGUUUGUAUU